CGACCCUCAGACCGCGGCCCCCCGAACACUUCAUCAACCAGCAGGCUGGACGAGCAGAGGAAGGGGAAACGAGUGUAAAUUCAUUCAGGUCUACGUGAAUCUCUUUUUUACACGGGGAAAAGGGCCGCAUGGUUUCUCUUUGUCAUCCACAGACCUUUUCUACGAUUGUGAGGAUAUAGAUAGAUAGAUAGAUAGAUAGAUAGAGAGAGAGAGAGAGAGAGAGAGAGAGAGAGAGAGAGAGAGAGAGAGAGAGAGAGAGAGAGAGACGCACGGUUCACCUGAACGCUCUUUCCUGCGGAUUUACCUUCUGGAGAAUUAAAUGACUUCAGAUUAACGCCAAAUUGUGGAAACUUGGAAAUGAAGAGAGACUGGACGCUUUUCGGCAGAAUUUGGAUCGGGAUCUCUUUUAUCUCAGGUCUGGUAGCAGGGUUUUCUAUGACCCCCCCUAUUCUCAACAGCACCAAAGAUCAGCUCGUGAUUGACACCAAUGACACACUGACUAUUACGUGCAGGGGACAGCACAUUCUGGACUGGACCUGGCCAGAUCCUUCUGUCAGCAAAGAGGAGCUUAGUGAGCGACAACAGGAUCAGUUGCCCAUCGAGGAUAAAAGAGCAGUGUGGGUAAAGGAGUGCCAGGGGGAGCCUGGGAAACCCUACUGCAAGACCCUAGUGCUGACAAAAAGCCAGAGCAAUGACACAGGCUACUACCGUUGUUUCUACCAGGAUAUUAAAGCUGUUAUUGAUGGAACCACAGCUGCCAGUUUAUAUGUCUAUGUUCGAGACCCAGACCAUCCAUUUAUCAAAAGUGACGGCAUGGACACCAUCUUUAUAACAGCAUCUGACACACACAUUGAAGUGCCAUGUCUGGUUACAGAUCCUGAACUAAAAGUCUCACUCUUCUCGAUAGUACAACCCUCCGUGCCUUUUGAAAGUAAAGAGAUCACAUGGGACAGCAAGAGAGGUUGGUCUGUUCCCAGGCAUGUCAUCUACAGCAUGGAUAUGAUUCUUGGCUUCUUUUGUUCCUUGAUGUUAAAUGACAGCGAGUACAGGUCCAGAGUCUACAUUGUUAUGGAAUCAGGAAGAAACUUUUAUGACCUCAAGCUGUUUCCUGAAGACUCACCCAUUGAGCUAAUGCGAGAUGAUGUCCUCAUCCUCAACUGCACAGCUCUGGUAGAGCACAACACAGGCGUGGAAUUCAAAUGGGCCUACCCAGGACAAAAGGAUGACAGGGUGGUGAACUUUCAGUCCAUUCGCAACAGCAUCACACAAGCCACAGAAGCCACCAGCAUUCUCACUAUCCAAAAUGUCAACAUCAAUGACUCUGGUUACUACACCUGCUCAGCCAAUGGCAUGGAGAGGAGUCUGGAACACUCAACAUUAGUCAUAGUGCACGAGAAGCCAUUCAUUAGUUUGGACUACAGGAACGGCUCUGUGGUGGAAGCUACAGCAGGACAAAAGUCUGUCAAGCUGUUAGUGAAAGUGUCUGCAUAUCCCAUGCCAGUGACUCACUGGUAUAAAAAUGUGACAACGAUAACAAGGCGGCCAGAGUUUAGUCGGUUUAAGAUCCACAAUCAAAACCUGGAGAUCAGGGAUGUGCACAGAGAGGAUGCUGGAGACUACACCCUGGUUCUGAAGAACAGUGCUGCUGGCAUAGAGAAAAAACUCCACUUUAUUCUGAUAGUCAAUGUGCCACCUCAGAUUCAUGAGAAGGAGGCAGCAGCACCUUCUAACCCCUACAGGAAGGGAAGUCGACAGCUUCUCACUUGUACAGCCACUGGUUAUCCUCCUCCAACAUCCAUCACCUGGCAAUGGAGACCGUGGAGCCCCUGCGGCCUUAAUUCCACCCAAAGAUCUCUGGCUCAUAGGGGCCAACGAGACAAGGUCCCUCUCUGUCAGGACUGGCUUGAUCUGGACUUUGAACACAAUCUAAACACAAUUGACAGCAUGGACACUUGGACUGAGCUAGUGGAUGGCAAGCAAAAGAUAGUGGGCCGUGUGGUCAUACGCAGCGCAAAUGUGUCGGCCAUGUACAAAUGUUCUGCUGAGAACAAAGUGGGAAAAGAUGAGCGACUUAUCUACUUUUAUGUGACCACCAUUCCAGAGGGCUUUGGGAUUGAAAUGGAGCCUUCAGAGGAGCCACUGGAACUGGAGCCUGUUUAUUUGAAAUGCAGUGCUGACAACUACACAUACGAGAACCUGCGCUGGUAUCGUUUAGACCCACAGGCUGUGCCACCAGAGGACUGCAAGAGCCUUCACCGGUAUGCUGAGGCUCUGGGUGGAAAACUCUCCUUCCACACCUCUGCUAACAACUGGGUGCUGGAGCUGCUGAUUCCCAGCGUGCAAUUGCAGGACGAGGGCAACUAUGUGUGUGAGGUGCAGAACCGGCGGAGUGGUGAGAAGCACUGCCACCGCAAAUAUGUAUCUGUGAAGGCCCUGGAGGCCCCAUGGUACCGGCACAACCCCAUCAAUCAGACAGUGAAUGUUAGCGCUUCUCUGCAAAUGGAGUGUGAUGUGGAAGGCACUCCCUCUCCCCAACUCUCUUGGUUUAAAGAUAAUCAACCUCUCCACCAAAUAUCAGGGAUCCUACUGCAGGACUCUAACCGGACACUCAGCAUACAGCGGGUGCGUGAAGAGGAUGCUGGUCUGUACACAUGCACUGCCUGCAACCAAAGAGGCUGCAUUCAGUCAUCAGCAACAGUGUCUGUACUUGGAUCUGACAACAGCACAAACGUGGAAAUCGUGAUCCUCAUCGGCACUGGAGUAAUCGCCAUCUUCUUCUGGGUCCUUCUUCUCCUUAUCUUCUGCAAUGUCAAGCGGGUGAACCCAGCUGAUAUCAAGACAAGCUAUCUGUCCAUUAUUAUGGAUCCAGAUGAGGUGCCGCUGGAGGAACAGUGUGAAUAUCUGCCGUAUGAUUCCAGCCAAUGGGAAAUUUCAAGAGACCGUUUGCGGCUUGGGAAGGUGCUCGGUCAUGGUGCUUUUGGGAAGGUGAUUGAGGCCUCAAUCUAUGGUAGUGAUAAGAAGAACUGUUAUGGCACUGUGGCUGUUAAGAUGGUCAAAGAGGGAGCGACAGCCAGUGAGCAUAAAGCCCUCAUGUCUGAGCUGAAAAUCCUCAUUCACAUAGGAAAUCAUCUGAAUGUGGUCAACCUGUUGGGAGCUUGCACCAAACCCAAUGGUCCCCUCAUGGUUGUGGUGGAGUACUGCAAAUAUGGAAAUCUAUCCAACUACCUGCGGGCGAAGAGAGAAUUUUUCCUACCAUACAGGGACCGUUCCCCUAAAACCCGGAGCCAGAUGAGAAGGAUGAUGGAGGCCGGGCAGGUAGAGCAGAGAGGUUGCCAACCUUCUUCUUCUGUCAUCAGCACCCCGAGACAGCUUUGGGGUAAAUCCAGCUCAAAGAGUUCUUCUUCAGAGAAAUUGGAGGACCUCUGGAAGAAGCCUCUUACAAUAGAGGAUCUAAUAUGCUACAGUUACCAGGUGGCUCGAGGGAUGGAGUUUCUGGCAUCUCGUAAGUGCAUCCAUCGAGACUUGGCAGCCCGGAACAUUCUGCUGUCAGAGAACAAUGUGGUGAAGAUCUGCGACUUUGGACUGGCUCGUGACAUCUACAAGGAUCCAGAUUACGUGCGGAAAGGCAAUGCCAGACUACCACUUAAGUGGAUGGCUCCUGAGAGCAUCUUUGAUAAAGUCUAUACCAGCCAGAGUGAUGUGUGGUCUUUUGGAGUGUUGCUGUGGGAAAUAUUCUCAUUAGGGGCAUCGCCUUACCCCGGCAUCCAGAUUGACGAGGAGUUCUGUAAACGACUGAAGGAUGGCACCAGGAUGAGGGCUCCCGAGACAGCCUCGCCAGAAAUAUAUGGGAUCAUGUUGGCAUGCUGGCAGGGUGAGCCUAGGGAAAGGCCUACAUUUCCUGCACUGGUAGAGACGCUGGGAGACCUUUUACAGGACAACAGCUUACCGGACAUGCCAUUCAGUGUCUCUCAGAGCUCGGAGGAUGAUGGCUUUUCUCAGGCCUCCUCCAGACCCCCAUCAGAGGAAGAGUUGAGACUGGGCUGCAACACACUGCCAGCCAGAUACUAUAAUUGCGUGCCGUUCUCUGGGUGUGUGAUGGUGAACCCAUCUAAGACGUGUCACUCUCGGGUGAAAACAUUUGAAGAGCUACCAAUGAUGAUGACCUCUCACAAAUCACAUCAUGACAGCCAGACAGACAGCGGGAUGGUGUUGGCCUCUGAAGAGCUGGAGAGGCUUGAGCACAAGCACAGAGGAGCCAUGCUGAUGACUAUAGCAGCAGGCAACAGCACAGAGCAGCUGAUUGAUGGCUUGAGUGAGAAUAGCAUGAGCAUCAGCAGGCACCGGCCAGCUUUCUUUAGUCAGCUCAGUGGACAAACCUUCUACAACAAUGAGUAUGGCCAGCUUGCUGAAGAAGGCGUGAGCGAGUUCUUUUCGACACCAGAGCUGGCCAUAAGUGAGGGAUCUUGUCCUGCAACAUCCAAUCUGUAACAUCAUCUGAAAGAUCAAUCAUGGCUCCAAUCUCACCUUACAAACUGUUCUGUCCUUCCUUCCCCUCCACUAUGUUCUCACUUCUGCCACUGGGUGGCACCAUUAUACAAAUAGAAAAAUAUUUUAACUCCUGAUGCAUUUAUCUUGUUAUGAAGUGUAAGCUUCUUUUGUUUAUUUGUACAAAAUAAGUCCCAGAAUGGGAAAAAAUAAAGCGAUUUAUCUUCUUUUAAA